AGCAUUGUGCAUUCGCUCUCUUGAAGGUCACUUUUUUCAUUCAGCUUUCCGGUUUGCGACUAGAAAUGGCUCCCAUUCAACUUUUCAUUUCUCUCGUGUUCCUCUAUUGUUCCGUUCGCCACGUUUCCACUUCGCCAUCCAUAAGAGCGGUUGAUGGAUCAGGAAGCAGUGAAGCAAGCUUUGGAAUAACUAAAGCUACAUCUGGCGAAGACUCCGUGAGCUUGCUCGGACAAGGUGAGUCUGGAGUAGGUGAGCCCGAGCAAGACACAGCCGCCGCCGGAGGAGAACACAAAACAACUGGAAUCAUGAAAAAAACAACUAGCGCUCCAGAUAAAGUGGAAAAGGAUGGAUCUGGGCAUGAUACAAAAGAUCCUAAUGAAGCCAAUAUUAGUGUCAUUUACUACAAGCAUUCCAUUGACCAUGAGGCAAGCCUUGGUGCAUCUGGUGCAGCUCCGGUUAAUAACCAUCCCAUAAGCAUGCUUGGAGAAGGUGAGUCCGGAGUAGGUGAAUCUGAGCAACACACAGCAGCUGCCACAGGAAAGCACAACACAGCUGAAUCCAGGAUUGACGCAGCUGCUCCUGAUGACCAAGAAAUAAAUGGAUCUGGGUAUGCUACAGUAAACAUCACUUAUUACAAGCAAUCCAAUGACCAUGAAGUCAUCAAAUCAGAAAUCCACAAAGUAAGCUGCAAAUCGGAAAGAAGGAAGGCGAUCCGCUACUGUAUUGGCAACCAUGAUCAGCCAACUUGCAAGAAGAGCAGCCAGUGUCAAACAAAAGCUAGAUGUCUGGUCAAGUUCAUCAGAUCUCCAAAACAUCUCACACAAAAAGUAAGCCCACUAGAAUUUGACAACCUGAUCAAGGAGUUCUGCGAGAUAAUAAAUCCAAACCGUGAAAAGACUGUAUUCCAGCACAAGCCAAGAUUCUGACUGAAAUGUGUUCUAUGACAUUAGCAUGUUGUGUUGAUAUGGGUCUACAUGACCUUGUCCAGUGAGACUAUUGUUAGUAACCUAAUUCAGUUUACGUUAAAAUAAUUGAUGGUGUUGAUAUGGGUCUACAUGACCUUGUCCAGUGA